GUGACGCAUGUCAGUUGUUUCAAGGAGCUCGCCGUGAGAGGGAGCGUCAUGUUAGGAGGUUCGUUUAAGAUACGUUGAAUUAAUAUGGCGGUCGUGUUCCAUGUGUGUUUUUUCAUAUUGUGCGUGUUUACGUCAUUGAUAACAGGUUAUGAGCAUAUGGUUGAGAUCAGGCCACCUCAGUUGAUUCCAGAAUCGUCAGGCUCAAAAGAAAUCAGUUCUGGGGAUGAUUUCGAGCUAGUGUGCCAAAGUGAUAGACCUAUACACUGGUUUUAUCCCCAGCUUGCAAUGGACAUUGAAGAGGAUGAAUCAUAUGGUCCCUCGUCACAAAUCAGCAUUUCCAACGCUGUAACAAACACCGGAGAAUACCAUUCUGUACUGAAAGUGACAAAUGCCAUUUUCUUAGAUACUGGCUUCUACUAUUGUGUUGUAAAUGGAACCACAGAUUUGAAAAAUGCUCUGGAAAAUGUGACACACGUGUAUGUAUAUGUCAGAGAUUUAAUAAAUUUGUUGGUGAAGGAUGGGAAUUUUGUAAUAGAGACUGUCUCACAGCACCAGCCAGCAGUUAUCCCAUGCCGGCCUACAUCCUUAGAUGUAAAUGUCACCUUGUGGAAGGAUGGUACUGAGAUUCAUUUAGGUACCCAUGAAGAAGGUGUUAUGAAUGUGACCUAUGAUCCUACUAUCGGUUUCACUCUGGACCCAAUCAACGUUAUGCACAUGGGUAUCUAUAUGUGUAUUGCCAGUCUGGGGGAGGUAUCAGAAGAACUCCUCUGUCACUUAGAUAUUUUGAAGGGUUCUAGUUUUAUACCAAAGCCUACAAUUAAUGAUACUUACUUGAACCCUGUUGUCGUUGGUGAGAGACUUUACCUUGAAUGCAUAGCUCGAGCAACCCGAGGUAUUAAAUUCACCAUUCAGUGGCAUCUACCUGAAACUGUAAAGAGUGGUCGUGCAAUAUUCAGCGAAUCCAUUCCUUACCAUAACUGUGGGCAAGAUAUAACAUAUCACUGUUCAGUGCGUUCUCUUACAAUUGAGAAUGUCACUCUUGAAGAUAAAGGAAAUUACACAUGUCAGGUGACUGACCACAAUAAGGUCACUAAUAAGGAAACAAAACUUAUAAAAGUUCAUGAGGUUGGUCAGAGUUAUAUUAAUUUGACAGUUGAUGCACUGACUGUUCAAGUUAAAGCUGGUGUAGAUCAUGUUCAGUGGGUCAUAAAUGUGGAUGCUUCACCGAUACCUAGUUACAUAUGGUUUGACAAAUCACAUGAAGAGAUUAAGCCUCAAAAUAGCUUGAAAUAUAAAAUUGAAGAACGUAAAUGGAAGACACAGAUCAUGUUAAUAAUAAACAAGAUAACAAUUCAUGAUGCUGGAACUUAUGAAUUCCGUGCCUAUACAGACAAAGUAGAGAAGAUACUGAAUCUUACACUUGUGGUUACAGAUAAGCCAGCUGUGUCAUUGGAAAGCACUCCCUCAUCUCUGUACCAAUUGAAUAUGACCUACUCAUUACAGUGCAAAAUUGUUGGUUUUCCACAGCCGCAAGUUACAUGGUUCUUCAAUGAUUGUGACUUAAUGCAUGAGUGUGAAGAAAGGAAUUUCAAAGAAAUUCAGGUCACUUACAGCCCUGAGGUAAGUGACAACACAUACAGUGACACAUUGGAAUGGACAGUGAAAACACCGGGUCUUAUUAAAUGCUUUGCAAAUAACUCAGAAGGUAGCAGCAGUGAAACUGUCAGUUUAUUUAUCACAGAUAUCCCUGAAGAUAAAGAUUUCAGUAUCUGGGGUAAGCCAGAAAAAGUGGUGGUUGGGGACAAUUUCACCCUUCACUGUGGAGCAACAAAGUAUAAUUAUACUGAGCCAAUUUUAUGGUUUGAAAAGAGAGAAGGUUAUGACAGUGACCGGCAAGUUCAGAACAACUCAGGUUGUUUUGUGUCCAGGAAUGAUACGGAGUAUUCGUACAGGAUAAGCAUUACCUGGAAAGACAUCCCCGCAAAGAGUGAUGCGGCUUACAUAUGUUAUGCAUCAAGGAAUGAAGAUGGUAUGACAGACGCACGUGUGGAAUAUGUUCAUGUUUAUGAUCCUAUAUCUAUAAGCCUAAUAACCAAUAUGAAUACCUCUGAGGUGAUAAUGGAAAGUGGAAGCAGUCUGGAACUGGUGUGUAUAGCAGAGGGACUGCCAGUCCCAAAAGUGAGGUGGUACAAGGAUGGAAUUCCUAUUGGUGAAGACCCUCGCAUAGAACUGAAAGAUAGAAAUCAAACGCUAUUUAUUCAGUUUGCUAAACUGGAAGAUGAAGGAACAUAUAGGUGUGUGGUCUCAAAUCGCCUUGAAGAGGUCAGCAGAACAACAACACUUCAGUUCAAGGAUAAACCAGGAAUAAAUACUCCUUUGGUAAUUUUUGCUGUACUCGUUCCUGCAGUUUUAGCAGUGUUGAUAAUAUAUCUUUGUAUCAGGAUCCGCGCAGAUAGGAAAUUACGCAGGGAGUUGAACAUAGCAGGACUGGCAAAUUUUGAAAAGGGUGCUUUGGACAGCAUAAACCCUGAACUGUCUGUGGAUGAUCAAGCUGAAUUACUACCAUAUGACAAGAAGUGGGAAUUUCCUAGGGAUAAGCUGAAGUUAGGAAAGCAGUUAGGUGCUGGAGCAUUUGGUGUAGUGCUGAAAGCAGAAGCUUGGGGUAUCGUAGAGGGAGAAAUGAAAACCACAGUUGCUGUGAAGAUGGUCAAGAGAAAUGCGGACCGUACAUACAUUAGAGCCCUUGCAUCAGAACUCAAGAUCAUGGUCCAUCUUGGUAAACAUCUCAAUGUAGUCAAUUUAUUGGGAGCCAGCACCAAAAAUUUGGCCAAGAUGGAGUUGUUAGUCAUAGUGGAAUACUGCCGUUUUGGUAACUUGCAUAAUUAUCUGCUGCGUCAUCGUGAGGACUUUAUUGAUCAACUGGACCCUAAAACUGGGUGGAUAGAUCCAACAAUAGGAGUGGAGCUUCUUUCAAGAAAUGAAUCAAUUAAAAGCAAAUCCAAGGUGAAAUAUGCAGCAUUAUCCUUCUCCAGCAGCAGUGGAGGUGAUAGUCGCUCAGAUGAUAUGGCCGUGGAUUACAGAGCUGCUUGUGUCCAUCCCGGUGACCGAUCUCCAGCAGUAGCAGGUGGUGAUAUCGAAAUGAACCUGAUCUCCAUGACUCCUACAGGUGAGCAGGAUGAGUGCAUGUUAAGUAACAACAGCAUACAACCAGAAUGGAGAUCAAAUUACCGAGGUGACUAUAAGGGCACUACUCGUCCCGUUUGCACUCAUGAUCUGCUGUGUUGGGCAUUUCAAGUGGCAAGAGGCAUGGAUUAUUUGGCUUCCAGAAAGGUUAUGCAUGGAGACUUGGCAGCAAGAAAUAUUCUUCUGGCAGAUGACAACAUUGUGAAGAUCUGUGACUUUGGCUUGGCCAAGAGCAUGUACAAGUCAGACAAUUACCGUAAGAAAGGAGAUGGUCCACUCCCAGUGAAAUGGAUGGCAGUAGAAUCCAUCAGGGAUCGCAUCUUCUCUACUCAGUCUGAUGUGUGGUCAUAUGGCAUUGUACUCUGGGAAUUCUUUUCUCUUGCAAGAACACCCUAUCCAGGCAUGGAAGCAGAUGAAAAACUGUAUAAUAAGUUGGUCAGUGGUUACAGAAUGGAACAGCCACAGUAUGCCCCAGGAGGAAUUUACAAUAUAAUGAUGGAGUGUUGGGAAACCCGUCCCAUCCAAAGGCCAAGUUUUGGUGAACUUGCAGAGAAACUGGGAUGUAUGCUAGAAGAGAGUGUGAGAAGGCAUUAUGUUGAUCUCAAUAAUCCAUAUAUUGAUAUGAAUACUCAAUGGAUGCAAGGACUUCAGAAUGAUUAUCUGAGCAUGAUGAAUUCCCCAUCAUAUGGUAACAUGGUGUCUCCAACAUUGGAUGACAGUGACCAUGAGUAUGUAAACAGCCCACCACAUACAGAAGGAACAUUACUAGAUGGCGGAGAUAUUUCUGGAUACCUGCACAUGAAGAGUCCUGGAUCUGAAGUUAUUUUCAGUCCAAAACGCAAGGAAGGUAAUGUGUUCAACUUCUCACCACAUCUGCAGCAACAGCGGCGACAGCGUAACACUGAGACUGAGAAAGCUCAGGGUAUGGAACAAAAACCAAUGCUGAGCUCAAGCAGAAAUGGCAGUGAGUCUGAUGUUGAGCCAGAUCACCUCAGUGACUCAAAUAGAGGUUCAGACUUCUCAAGCCAAAAGGAAGGAGAUGAACUGAAGAACAGAAGACAAAAUGGCAGUAACAGUUCUGAAAUACCAAGUUUUUCAAAUCCAUGUUAUCAGUCAAUAAUACCAAUUACAUUGUCAUCUGACAAUUAUAUAAAUAUGCCACAGCAGAAAAAGUCAAUGUAUGACAAUAAGAGAAGUCCUACUGAAUCUCAGAAUGAAAAUGAAGAUGGAAACAUUUCAAAUCCAAGUUUAAUGUCCACGACUGAACAUGAGCAAGAUUUAAGCCACAAAACUUCACCCCAUUCAGCAAAACUGGAAGGGGACUUGCACAAUGGAAUGAAGUAUCAGAACACAUUCUUAAAUCCUAAUUACCAAUCACAAAUUAAAACAAAGAAUUCUACUUAUGUAAAUGUUCCCAGACAUGAUCAUAAAACAUCUGAUGCUUCUAGUGGUUUCCAGUCUGAUGCUGAUGAUUGCUUGUUUGUCACUUGAAGGAUCUUCUAAAGAAACUACUUAUGCCUGGUGUAUUUUAAAGAGGUUUUUAUUUUUAAAAGAGACUUGUAUAUAGCUGACUUCUAAAGUGUCUGGUAAACAUGCCAACUACAGUUACGUAGCAUACGGUAUUUUAUGUCUAUUGUUUAGCAUAUACUGAUCAAGAAUUUUAAACUGUAAAUCCAAAUUUUCAUGACAUAAGGACUAUAGACAAUAGUACUCAAUGUUAUUAAUUAAAAAAAUUCGCUUAGUGGGGGGUGGAGUCCAACUGGGUCCACUCGGCACAGUGGCCACU